UCGGAAGAGACAAAAGCGCGCAGCAGGUAAGAGCUAGGGACGGUUGCCAAGAAGGAACUGCCCCUGAUCGCUGUGACAGGAUUGAAGCCCUGGGGACCUCUCUCACUGGAACAUCCACGCGUCCCCGAGGGGCUGCCUGUCUCCUCUCAUCAGCAUCGAGGGGAAACAGUUCAUAGCCUUCCUCUUCGGUCCAGCUAAUCCGGUUAUCUGCUGGGUUAUAAAUAUUAAUGCCCUCGCGCCGUUGGGCUGGGGAUGGUACCAGCCAAGCCCUCUGUGGAGUGAGAUAUCAGCCUCUUCCCAGCCCGCACACGCCCUGGGAGAAUCGAUGAAAUACCCAGCCGAGCCCAGCAAAUGGCGUAUCAGGAAGGGCCGGUGGGCGCCUCGGUGCUGGACUUCGUGGCCGAUCUCUCCCUGGGGUCUCCUGAGUGCCACCCCCGAGGGGUGCCCAGCCUGGACCUGUACGAUUUCUCCUCCGCACCUCCGUUUGGGGAGAGAGCCCUGGCUCUCCGAGAGGGCAUGGCCAGGGGGCUGCCGCUGGCCCCCUUUGAUGAUGGAGACCCCGAGGAAGAAGAGGAGGAAGAGGAGGAGGAGAGAAUGAGGGGCACGUCUCUGCUGGACCGACCCAAGAGAAAGCGAGUCAUCACCUAUGCCCAGCGCCAGGCUGCCAACAUACGGGAGAGGAAGAGGAUGUUCAACCUCAACGAAGCGUUUGAUCAGCUGAGGAAGAAGGUGCCCACCUUCGCCUACGAGAAGCGGCUCUCCCGGAUAGAGACCUUACGCCUGGCCAUAGUCUACAUCUCCUUUAUGACUGAGCUCUUGGACAGCUGCAACAAGAAGGAGGCGAGCUAGAGAGCCGAGGACGCAGGGCUUCUGCAUCCAGGGAUGGAGGCGGACAGCAGCAUCCCAGCCAGGGCAGGGGGAGGAGAAAGGACGGGGGGCGCAGGUUAGCAGGGGC